AUGCUCCUCCUGAUUCUUCCUGUCUUACACCUCCUCCCACUGCUCGAUUUAUUGCUUCACCUAGGUGGUUUUUGUCUUCCAUUUGUCUAUCUAGCGGUGGUCCUGGUGACCAGGCCUGCUACGGUCAUGUUUCAGCGUCUCCGCGAUGCAAUCGACUCUCGGAUUGCAGAGGAACAAGCUCGCCAGAAGGACGCCGUAACCCGCUCCAAUUCCACCCGCCGUGCCGACCCGAAUCGACGACCCCCCCGGGCCCGGCGCAACACUGGAACGCCGGUUCGCGGACCCGAUCCCACCGAGUUCGAGCCGGAUUUUGCGAUCGGAGAGGAUGACGAGUCCAGCACGUCGGGCACUCCGCGCCCCGGAUCCGCCGAUGUCCCCGAAAGCGCGCCGGCGGAGAACACUGGGGAGGAAAAGGCAGCCGUAGGGGAGUCGUCGUCGGCAGGGAAAGAGGCGGCGCCCGCUGCGGAGGCGAAUAAGCCCGCAGCCCCCGCGGAGCUCCCUCCUGAUGUUCGGGUGAAAUUAAGGAAGCUGACCAAGAUGGAAGCUCGAUAUCAGGAUCUUUUGAAAGCGUACCGAGCGGCCCAUUCGCGUGUCCUGUCGAUCGAACCCUUCGAAGCUGCCUUGCGCGAGAACACGCCCCUGACCUCCGUCGGAGACCCCAAAGCCUUGACGGAAUACUUGAACCAAAUCUCGUUGAAGAGUGAUAUGGUUGGGGAGGAGCUGAAGCGUGUUACGACCGAGAGGGAUGACUACAAGAAGAAGUACGAAGAAUCCGAGAAGGCGAAGAAGGCGGUGUUGGACGAAGUCGACCAACUCAAAAAGAGUCGCAAGGACGAUGAUGAUGCGAAGGGUGACCAGAAGGUUGUGGAUACCCCAGAAGCGAAGAAAACAUCGUCGGACGACACCGAUAAGGCCGCCACCCAAGCCUCCGAACCGCAGGAAGAGAGCGAGGAAUUCUUCUCCUUCGACGCCGAGGUCCCGCGAUUGGAGUCUGAACUGAAGCAGAAGCAAGAAGAGGUCGAAACGCUCCAAUCCCAGGCGGUGUCGCUGAAGCGCGACCUGUCCGUGGCACGCGAGUCGACGGAGGGCAUGGUCAUCAAUCUGGAAUCUGCGACUAGGGAGCUUGUGGACCUGCGCGAUAACAAGGAUAAGCAAGACGCGGAACUCGAGAAGCUGAAGAAGGCUAGACAGGAAGACGUGGACGACCUGAAGUCCAAGCUUGCCGCCUCCGAGAGCGCCGUCGAGAAAGCCAACACCGAAGUCGAGAGUUUGAAGGCUGAACUGACGCAGAAGUCGACCGAGAUCGAACAGCUUCGCGAGAAGGCCUCCCAGUCUCAAACUGCCGAUCAGCAGGCCGAACUUACCUCUAAGCUCGAAGAAGUGAAGAAAGAGAAAGACACAAGUGAGAAGCGCCUCGGCGUGGUCCAGGGCCUGGUUGACAGCCUCAAGUCUCAGCUCAAGGAGACGCAGGAGACCAUGUCCGGUCUCAAGGCCGAUGUCGACCAGAAGACUGAGAACAUGGGCAAGCUGCAGAAUAUCGUCGACUUCCUUGACGGUAACAUGAAGGACAACACGACCUGGAAACAGGCAAAGGACCAGGUCGCGAGUGGCAAGAAGGCCGAUUUCAAUGACCUGCGUGAGAGUCUUGCUCCUGCGCAGAAGGCCGCAGCCGCUACCAAAACCCCAGAACCCAAGGCUGCCGAGCCAGUCAGUCAGCCAGCUGCCUCUACAGCUGCUGCUGGCGGAGGUGGUAAAAAGAAAAAUAAGAAGAAGAAGAAGGGUGGCAAGGGAGGCGACGAACCCAGCAAGCCCGCAGAGGCUCCAGCGGCUCCAGCGGAGGAAGCACCAGCGACGGAGACCAAGCCGGCCGGUUCGGACUCGAGCCAGUUGCAACAGAAGAUUGAAACUCUGACGCAGCAACUGGAAGAGAAAGAACAAGCCAUUGACCGCCUCAGUUCGAAACUUAAAGGGGAAGAUGACCUCAAGGAAGAAAUCGAGUCUCUUCGCGACGACCUCCUCAACAUCGGCCAAGAACACGUGGGGUCGAAGGAUAAGAUCAAGGAGCUCACGGCCGAUAAGAAUGCUUUGGAAGAGACCAUCUCCAAGUUGGAGAAGGAGUUGACUGACUUGCGCACUAGCAGCGCUUCCAGCGCUGAUAGCGAGAAGGCGCACAGUGACCUCAGAGGCGAGUACGAGGGAUUGAAAGUGAAAUUUACCACUAUGGAAACCGAACUCUCUGCUGCCCAGCAGCUCGCCACAACCCGAUUCAAGGACCUUACGGACCUGCGGGAGACUGUUCAGAAGCUGCAGCCCGAAUUGAAGAAGCUGCGGGAUGAGUCGGCGGAACUCCAGAGUACCAAGGAGGCUCUGGUGGGCAAGACAUCGGACUUGCGAACGCUAGAGGGCAGACAGGAGGACUUGAGAACGGAGCUGAAGACCCUCAAGUCGACGAUAUCCGACCGCGACAACGAAGUGAACACGCUCAACAAAAAGAUUCGACAGGAGACCGAUAGCCGCUUGAAGGCCGAGGAGAAGCUAAGCAUCGCCCAGUCCGACCUGCGUUACUCGGAGGGCAAGAAGCAGGAUGCGACGGAGGCGAAGGAGAAGGUCGCGGCGGACCUCGCCAAGGCCCAGAGCGAGUUGAAGACUGCCCGGAAUAAGAUAAAGGAAGUGGAACAGAAAUCCACGCAACUUAGCCGGGAUCUGAGUAGUCUGCGGGAGGAUAUCCAGCUGAAGACCGCGCAACACGCCAGCGCCCAGAGCCUGAUGAACAACAUGCGGGACCAGGGGUCCGAACUGGGCAUGCAGAUGAAGGAGGCGCGGGAGCGGUGCGAGAGCCUGGAAGAGGAGCUGGCCGAUGCCCAGCGUCUUCUGAGCGAGCGGACCCGCGAGGGUGAGACCAUGCGCCGGCUGUUGAACGACAUCGAAGGCCGCACGGAUAGCAAGGUGCGCGAGUUCCGGGAGCGCAUGGAGGCGGCCAUUGAGGAGCGAGACCGGGCCGAAGACGAAGCCAGCGCGCAGGGGCGCCGUCGGGCGCGCGAGCUGGAGGAGCUCAAGGGCAAGGUCCGGGACGCCGAGAAGGCGUUGCGGGUUGCCGAGGAGGACAAGGAGGAGCUUCUACAUUCCCAGAAGGAAUGGAAGCGCCGACGGGACCAGCUGGAGGAACAGUCAGUGCACUCCACUCAAGAGCUGACAGAUACCCGCGAGGCCAUGACCCGACUGCGCGACACCCUAGACGAGAGCGAAAAGCAAGUGCGCGAUCUCGAGAAAGAAAGAUCCGAACUGCGCCGCUCGGUGGAGGAAACCAACGCGCGGUUGGAAAAGCUGCGCAAGUCCAACCGCAUGCUGACCGAAGAAUCGCGUUUCGGACGGGGCUCGCCCUCACGGAAUUCGAUGGACUCCGGGUCGCGGAGGAUGUUUUCGCCUGGGUCGAUGGAGCGCAGUCCGUCCGCUCGGGGGAGUGACACGCCGAAUGCGAGCGGGACGAUCGACUACAUGUAUCUGAAGAAUGUGCUGCUGCAGUUCUUGGAGCAGAAGGACCGGAACUAUCAGAAGCAGCUGAUUCCGGUUCUGGGGAUGUUGCUACAUUUUGACCGAACGGAUGAACAAAAGUGGAUGGCGGCAAUCUCGAAAUAAAUCAGAUGGAUAGAGUUGGUGUUUAGCUUGCAUGACGAGCAUAGAUUUUGUUUGAAACUGUAUAGGUACAUAAUAUGUUUUUUAAUCUUUUUUCUUCUUACUCUCUGUCCACGAUACAAAGCACAAGCAUAGGGCGCAGGGCGCGCCAAGAAUGGUGGGGUUUCUGGAUCUGUCAUUCAAAUUCUGGAACGCAUGUGGGGUGAUUGGAUUUUCUCCAUCGACAACAUUUUCAAAACAACAAGAUCAACAGAGGCUGCGAAGAACAAUAUACGUCUUGACCACACAUCAUGGCCGACCAACCUACCAUCCGCCUAGCCACUCCGGAGGGCAAGUCCACCUCAAACACCAUACAAAAAAGCCACCAAAAAACACUUCAGAUGAAUGGAUAAAUACGUAUAUAUACACAACUAAUCCAACCACAAACAGACGUCCCCCUCAUCCUCGGAUUCAUCCGCGAACUCGCCG